AAUAAUAAUAAUAAUAAUAAUAAUAAUAAUAAUAAUAAAAUUAAUAAUAAUAAUAAUAAUAAUAAUAAUAAUAAUAAUAAUAAUAAUAAUAAUAAUAAUAAUAAUAAUAAUAAUAAUAAAAAUAAUAAUAAUAAUAAUAAUAAUAAUAAUAAUAAUAAUAAUAAUAAUAAUAAUAAUAAUAAUAAUAAUAAUAAUAAUAAUAAUAAUAAUAAUAAUAAUAAUAAUAAUAAUAAUAAUAAUAAUAAUAACAAUAAUAAUAAUAAUAAUAAUAAUAAUAAUAAUAAUAAUAAUAAUAAUAAUAAUAAUAAUAAUAAUAAUAAUAAUAAUAAUAAUAAUAAUAAUAAUAAUAAUAAUAAUAAUAAUAAUAAUAAUAAUAAUAAUAAUAAUAAUAAUAAUAAUAAUAAUAAUAAUAAUAAUAAUAAUAAUAAUAAUAAUAAUAAUAAUAAUAAUAAUAAUAAUAAUAAUAAUAAUAAUAAUAAUAAUAAUAAUAAUAAUAAUAAUAAUAAUAAUAAUAAUAAUAAUAAUAAUAAUAAUAAUAAUAAUAAUAAUAAUAAUAAUAAUAAUAAUAAUAAUAAUAAUAAUAAUAAUAAUAAUAAUAAUAAUAAUAAUAAUAAUAAUAAUAAUAAUAAUAAUAAUAAUAAUAAUAAUAAUAAUAAUAAUAAUAAUAAUAAUAAUAAUAAUAAUAAUAAUAAUAAUAAUAAUAAUAAUAAUAAUAAUAAUAAUAAUAAUAAUAAUAAUAAUAAUAAUAAUAAUAAUAAUAAUAAUAAUAAUAAUAAUAAUAAUAAUAAUAAUAAUAAUAAUAAUAAUAAUAAUAAUAAUAAUAAUAAUAAUAAUAAUAAUAAUAAUAAUAAUAAUAAUAAUAAUAAUAAUAAUAAUAAUAAUAAUAAUAAUAAUAAUAAUAAUAAUAAUAAUAAUAAUAAUAAUAAUAAUAAUAAUAAUAAUAAUAAUAAUAAUAAUAAUAAUAAUAAUAAUAAUAAUAAUAAUAAUAAUAAUAAUAAUAAUAAUAAUAAUAAUAAUAAUAAUAAUAAUAAUAAUAAUAAUAAUAAUAAUAAUAAUAAUAAUAAUAAUAAUAAUAAUAAUAAUAAUAAUAAUAAUAAUAAUAAUAAUAAUAAUAAUAAUAAUAAUAAUAAUAAUAAUAAUAAUAAUAAUAAUAAUAAUAAUAAUAAUAAUAAUAAUAAUAAUAAUAAUAAUAAUAAUAAUAAUAAUAAUAAUAAUAAUAAUAAUAAUAAUAAUAAUAAUAAUAAUAAUAAUAAUAAUAAUAAUAAUAAUAAUAAUAAUAAUAAUAAUAAUAAUAAUAAUAAUAAUAAUAAUAAUAAUAAUAAUAAUAAUAAUAAUAAUAAUAAUAAUAAUAAUAAUAAUAAUAAUAAUAAUAAUAAUAAUAAUAAUAAUAAUAAUAAUAAUAAUAAUAAUAAUAAUAAUAAUAAUAAUAAUAAUAAUAAUAAUAAUAAUAAUAAUAAUAAUAAUAAUAAUAAUAAUAAUAAUAAUAAUAAUAAUAAUAAUAAUAAUAAUAAUAAUAAUAAUAAUAAUAAUAAUAAUAAUAAUAAUAAUAAUAAUAAUAAUAAUAAUAAUAAUAAUAAUAAUAAUAAUAAUAAUAAUAAUAAUAAUAAUAAUAAUAAUAAUAAUAAUAAUAAUAAUAAUAAUAAUAAUAAUAAUAAUAAUAAUAAUAAUAAUAAUAAUAAUAAUAAUAAUAAUAAUAAUAAUAAUAAUAAUAAUAAUAAUAAUAAUAAUAAUAAUAAUAAUAAUAAUAAUAAUAAUAAUAAUAAUAAUAAUAAUAAUAAUAAUAAUAAUAAUAAUAAUAAUAAUAAUAAUAAUAAUAAUAAUAAUAAUAAUAAUAAUAAUAAUAAUAAUAAUAAUAAUAAUAAUAAUAAUAAUAAUAAUAAUAAUAAUAAUAAUAAUAAUAAUAAUAAUAAUAAUAAUAAUAAUAAUAAUAAUAAUAAUAAUAAUAAUAAUAAUAAUAAUAAUAAUAAUAAUAAUAAUAAUAAUAAUAAUAAUAAUAAUAAUAAUAAUAAUAAUAAUAAUAAUAAUAAUAAUAAUAAUAAUAAUAAUAAUAAUAAUAAUAAUAAUAAUAAUAAUAAUAAUAAUAAUAAUAAUAAUAAUAAUAAUAAUAAUAAUAAUAAUAAUAAUAAUAAUAAUAAUAAUAAUAAUAAUAAUAAUAAUAAUAAUAAUAAUAAUAAUAAUAAUAAUAAUAAUAAUAAUAAUAAUAAUAAUAAUAAUAAUAAUAAUAAUAAUAAUAAUAAUAAUAAUAAUAAUAAUAAUAAUAAUAAUAAUAAUAAUAAUAAUAAUAAUAAUAAUAAUAAUAAUAAUAAUAAUAAUAAUAAUGUAGGUGGGAGCUCAGGUAAAAUAACUCCUGGGCGUCCAUGAAAA